UGAAAAAAACACGCGUCAGCGCUUAGGCGGGCGUGUAUAUACGCACCGUUUUACACAGGAGCCCAAUCAGUAUUUUGAAGCAGGCGCCAUGCGUUUGCCGGAGACCUCUGAGCAACAACCGGUCUUUGAUCUUAUUGACUAUCUUAAUGAAAAACUUCCGGGGGAAUCCUGCAUUAAAACCAUUCCUUACGUGCUUUACGAUGAUAAGGGCAAUCUGGUUUUGAUAAACAAUAAGUUUGGCCCGGAUGGCAAAACAAUGAGUGUUUCUUAUGCAAAUGCCAAUCCGGAUAAACUGGGCUUUUCUUCUAAGGCUAUAGAAUGCAACAAGACGGCAAAUCAACUCAUAUACGAGAAGUUAUAUGGCCAUAUUUGGAUGCGCUAAAAAAAGAUUUUGCCAAGGGGUUUCAGGAAAUUAUCAAGUUUGACGAUUUUUCUUUCCGUGCAUACCUUGUGCAAGUUGCAGAAUGGGACGAAGAUAGAAUCAAUUAUGUCGAAGUUAUGACGUCUCAGACAAACCAAUUCCAAAACAGUUUUACUGAACUGGUUAUUGAGAAUAUGGAUUUCUCGCAGGCAAGCUGGAAAACAAUAGAAAAUGGAAUGGAGCGUUUACCGCAUGGAUGCGCCCAGUUAAUUGGUUCUGAGAAUAUUUUUACGGGGGCUGAAGUUUAUAAAAUUGAAGAUGUAUCUGACGGCGUAAAUAUUUAUCACUCGGAAUCAUCCGCACCGGUAAAAUUCGAUAAAGUCCUUAUGGCGUUGCCUCCCGCAGCAUUACGGACCAUUGAGACGCCAACAUGGUCCCCCGAUAAAAUGCAUGCGAUACGCGCCCUUCAUUUUGAACCGCUAUAUAAAAUUGGUUUAAGAUUUAAAACGCGCUUCUGGGAAAAAGUGAGCCCACCGUCCAAAGGAGGCCAAAGCAUAACCGAUCUGCCGUCACGUUGGUUUGUAUAUCCAUCCUAUGGUAUUGGUGAUAACGGACCCGGCGUAUUGUUAUUGUAUGCGUGGAUGACAGAUGCUAUCGCUUUUUUACCUAAAAAUGAAAAAGAGCGUAUUUGCUUAGGUUUACGUGAUUUGAAGAAAGUCUAUGGUGAUCAGGUCGACAUAGACGAUCAGUUUAUUGAAGGAUAUUCAAUUAACUGGACAGAUGAAGAAUCAACAGGAGACGCUAUGUUUUUUCCAGGCCAGUUUCGUAACUUGUUUAAUAUUGCAAGAGCUCCAGAAGGAAAUGUCUAUUUUGCCGGCGAGCAUUUGAGCGUUCAUCACACUUGGAUUUUGGGAGCGUUGGAUUCUGCGCUUUUAGCAUGUCAGCAAAUGUUAGGGGAACCGAACAUCAUGCCUUUAAGACCAACAACAAAACAAAAUCCGCCGAAGCAUGAUUAUGACUAUAGUGAUUGCAUAAAAGCAAAACCUAUGGCUGUUUACCGGGAUCAAAGAACGUAAAAAUCGUGACCCCGAAGCAUGAUAGAUAUUAUGCUUUGGUUUAAAGAUCUCUUACUCGAGGA